ACACAAUCAUCCGAAUUGAUAUCAGUGAGCUCUCUACGUCUAUGUGAGCUGUCAAAGAAAAAACCGUAUAGUUCUUGAAAUUCAGUGGUUCUUUCAUGAAUUAGAUGCCAUUGCAAAUAGAUGGUUGGAUAUGAUGAUCAACUGAAAGAAUUAAGUCCAACUCAGUAUGCUUUGGCUGGUGCUGUGUCUGGUAUUACCACUCGACUCCUCCUUCAGCCACUUGAUGUGGUCAAAAUACGGUUGCAAUUGCAAGUUGAUCCACUAAAACAGAUAAGAUCUGAGCAAUAUCGUAGAAAGUACCGAGGCUUACUCCAAUCUUUGAGUAGAAUUGCAUCAGAAGAGGGUCUUCUUGCAUUAUGGAAAGGUCACAUUCCUGCACAACUCUUGUCUGUUUCAUAUGGAUGUGUACAAUUUAUGUCAUUUGAGGUGCUCACUAAGUUAGCUUAUCAAAUCAUUUCACCCGAAAAGUAUUUGGACCAAAAACCAAUUACCCAUUUCAUCUGCGGAGGUUUGUCUGGUUGCUGUUCGUCAGUAGUUGUUCAACCUAUAGAUGUCUUAAGGACAAGAUUAGUCGCUCAAGGAGAACCUAAAGUUUAUGUAAGUUUAUUACAUGCUGUAAGAGAAAUGUUCAAUGAAAAUGGAAUAAGAACAUUUUAUAAAGGUUUGUUACCAACUAUGCUUGAAAUCUUUCCUCAAACUGGAAUGCAUUUUGCUUUUUACACUGGAUUACAAAUGAUCUGGAAUAACCAUAUGAAAUCCUUGGUGGAUGGCAAUAUCUCAGUGAGCGAGAGUUUAUUUUGUGGUGCUAUGUCUGGUAUUCUUAGUAAAAUCAUUAUUCAUCCAUUGGAUGUUGUUAAAAAGCGAUUGCAGGUGGAAGGUUUUGCAAUCAAAGAAGUAGCCAUUCCCGGUCCUAAUGACAACAUGAAAUCACCAAGUAUGUUAAAUUGCAUCUGGAAUAUAUUGAAGAAGGAAGGAAUGCGGGGGUUUUACAAAGGAUUAAAAGUUAACAUAAUUAAGGGUGCAAGUUCGGCUGGUCUAUCAUUUAUGUCAUACGAACAAUGUUGUAAAUAUUUAAUGAACUAUUAAUUAAACGUCUAAAUAUACAUAUGCGUUAUUAUAACGAUCGUAUAUGUUAUGUAUUUUAUCCUUGAUUUAAAUGCCUAAAUAUAUAUACACGUUAUUAUAAA